CUGUGUCUUCCCCGCUCCAAGUUCAAGACUUGCCCCAUUUCCUGGUUACAAGCAGCUGCUCAGCAGUUUUUGGAGCUGUGCAGCGAGGGCUCUAGUUACACAUGAACUCCUGACCUUCAUUUUGAAAUGCUCCCUUUAUCCCCACGUGCACUUUCUUUCCCAGGAUGCUUUUUCCCGCAUCACCGAGCUCCUUUGGUAUUCUUGGAGUUGUGUAUUUCUCUUCACAUUUUACCUGGAUUGUGGGGUGGGAUCAUUGGGGAGGGAACAAAGUAUUAUUAUCUCAUAGUCUUCAGGUUUAGGAUUUGGGGAUUGUUCAGAGGGGAUUAGUUCCUUAUCCAAAGCAAGGGUUGAAAUGGGAGGAUUUAAAACAAGUUACUGAUUUGUGCCUCAUCCCCCUGCCAAAAAUAGCAAUUUCUUGGCCCCGUUGAGAUGAGCAAUAGGGAAGGGAGUGAGAUUUUCCACAGGUAGCAUAGAUUUUCCACAGAUCCGUGGUAGCCGUAAACUAAAGAGCAGGGAGAUAGUGGCAGUAUAACAUAAAAUGAUGCUUUUAUAAGCUAGAGCUUUACUGAAGAUGUAUUUUCCAUUUGGGCAGCAAAUAUAAUUUGCUGCCUGAUAGCAGAACCCUUAAGCCAACACUUCUGUAUGAUAUAUACAUACCUACCAAUAGGAAAAGUUGUGGUUAAUAAGAUAUUUUGUUAUAAAGCAAAGUUUUAUGAAGAUAUGGUUGUUUAAUAUUAGAAGCCUAUUUCAGCCCUUGACCUCCAGUGUGAGUAAGUUUUCCCUGAGUGGCUGCAGAGUCUGAGGCAAGCGACCUAUGGGGAUGCAAAAGUAUCUCUGACCCAAUUCUCCAGAGCAGUAAUUGCCUCUGUGGGUGUAUUUAUGGCAUUGUACCUGCUAUUAGUGAGAUGCUGUAACUCUUGACCAACUUCCUCAGCACAAUUAAGAGUCUGGGUUUCAGAGAAGGGAAUAAACAAAGGCCAUUAAAGAAUGGAAUGGGAUGAUAAAGAAGGGCCAAGUACGUGCUUUUAAGUUUGUUUGCCCACUAAAAAUGGGGUUGUCCAUGGAGGGAUUGGUGCUGUCACCAGCUCAGAACUGGCAGUAAAUCCUGCUUUUAUUUGUGACAGACCUGGUGGCAACUGGAAGAUGGAAAAAGAGAACACAGAGGGUUAACAGGUGCUGGGGAUUUGGUGCUGACACCCAAACCUGCUCCCCUGGUCUGUUCAGGUAUGAAAUCACCACCCUGCCACUUCUCCAGGGAAAGGUUUUUCUCAAGGCAUUCACCUUGUGUGCAGAUAGUGGAGCAGUCGUGGGGUAGAAACCAAAAGCCUUGGUUGGCUUCCCAAGGAGAAGGACUCACCCCCAAAACCAGAGAGAGUUUGUGUGUGCAGAUGAUCAGCUGUGUGAACUGGGACCAAACAGCACUCAAGGAUGUGGCAAAAUACCCCAAAUCCUGGUACCUUGUGGGGAAGGGUCCUGUGUGUGUGCCACCCACCAGGGGACCACGUCUUGGGGAGAGAGGAGAAGGUUCUGAGUGGGGGAGGAGGUUUGGGUGCUGAGUGAGGGUGCAGAUGUGGCAGGAGGUUUGAUUUAAACCUCUGCCAUGUCAGGAGGGGCUGUGUCCAGGCAUUGCCAGCGUGUGCCCUCUUCAGCUGAAGGUCCCUGGGUCUGUCACAUCCACUUGAGAAAACAAAAUAGAUGUGCAAGCUUCCCUGGCUGGUGUCCUUCUACCUGAGGGCUGCUUCUGUUGUGUUGUUCCUGCUAGUUCAUGCAUCAAAGUCUGCCACGGGCAGCCUGCAGAGCAGGCACAGCACCUGCUCCACGAGGACUUGGGUGACAGCUGUAUACCAAAGUGUCCCACGGCUCCUGUGCCGAGUUUGAGGCUGUGCUGUGUGGUUUUGGAGAUGUUCCUGUUCAAUAUCCGUGUUUUUGGCCAGAUGUUCCAGGCAGAUCGCUGUUAUGAAUAUGCACGGGGUGCUGGCUGUCCUCUGCUCGCUGGCUGGGAUUUGUAACCUCGUUUUUUGGGAGCUGCAGGCAUGCUGGUGGCAGGUGUGACCCGUGGUGGCUUGGGGGACGUGCUGCUGGGGACAGGCUCUCCCUGUGCCCUCUCCUGCUCAGGUCCAGAAUCCGACGGAGGAGCUGCAGCUCUGCCUCUCGCUUGCCAGUGAGAUCCUGUAGGUUCUGUUCCUGUGCAAGAUUUGAGAAUGCAAACGAGGUGCUUAAAGCAGCCCAGAGGCUAAAAUAUGUAUUCCUGGCAGCUGUGCCUCCCUCGUUUGGAUGUGGCAUUUUUGUAGGCAGCAGAGAGACGCCUUCCCCAGAGCAAUGUUAGAGGGGCUUCAGCCAUCUCGAGCCAUUGCCUCUGUGAUUGCUUUUCUGCAGCUCCUGGAAACUUCAAAUAUAAUUUAAACAUGAAGAUCUGUUCUUGCUCCCUGUUAAUGUUGCAUCCAUAUGUAAUUUCAAAGAAGAAGAACUGUGAGUCCAUCUGGUUUUUUAUUCUGGUUUCUCUCCCAGGGGAUACACCUCCCGCUCCCACAAUUUGCCUUUGGUUUGCUCGCAGACUUAGUGGUGGAAUUCAGGCCAAAAUAGGUCAUUGGUUUGGAUCAGUUCAAUAAACUUAUGUGUGAGUGAAAACUGCUGGGAUUUUUUUUGCUGAUGGUUUUGUUGUCUGUCCAUGAGCUUGAGUACAGCCACCUCACCUGUGCAAGGAGGGGAGAAGUCACUUCCAGGAGAGCUGGAAUAUCUGUUCCUCCUCUGGACUGUAUUUCCCCAUGACUGGGACUCAUCCCCACUUCCAGGUGAGGAAUAAAGCUCGAGCUCACUCUCUCUCCUCAGAAGAGAAAACAAAUUUCACCCUCAUGGCCUGCACCAAAUGACCCUGGGGCAGGCAGGAGGAGAGAGAUGCUCCUCUGGAUGGGAAAUCUUGCUCUUGGGCAAAUCCAUUGCCAGGGCAUCUUCCAUGGGCUGUGCCAGGGAGAUGGGAAUGAGACAAGGCACUGCCUGUGCCAAGGUCAAGCAGACACAGAAGCCCUUGUGGAAUCUUUGAAUGCUUGUUUUCCCUCAAGGUAAGGCAUGGGAGGAAGUUUUCUGCUAGAAGAAUUAAGAAAAGAAGAAGUGUUUGGUUGUUCAGCUGCGAUGUGUUCAGCUCUGCAUGAUGGGAACAUCUCUGCCAAAAGAAGAGAGGCUGGAAGACAAAAUCUUCCCCAAAGAGUCAGUGAGACCUAAUCAAACUUCAUCAGUAUUCACUUGCCCAGACAAACAGGACCAGAGUAUUAAACUGACAAAGGAGCAGAGGGAAACCUAUUUUCACCAGUUUUCUCUGUGUUGCAAAACAGAAUGAGGAGAGUCAAUUGAUUUUCCUGGAGCUGGUUGUGUUUAAAAUGUAUGGGAGGGAAGGGAAGAACGGGGAUACAGGCUGGAAGUAAUCUGCCCUGGAAUAUCAGUCAGUGCUGAUAUCCCCCUGCCCUCCUAAAAUAGCUGUUGGCUUAGAAAAGGGUAAAAAUAAAUUUAAAAAUGAAAGAUUCCUGCUAGCAAGGCCAUGCUUGGAGGAUGGAGGGAAAGCAAAUUUUGGGAUUUGCUGUGGAGGCAGCAAGCUGCCUGGUGCCCUGAUGUGCUAAGAGAGACUGCUGAGGUAAGAGACAGCUUUUUGGGGGAAACUUGCUGAACACACUGCCAGGAGCACCCAGGGAAAAAAAGUCUGGCAGCUUCUUGCUGGGCUGCUGGCAUUCCUGUCUCCUCUCUGUUCCUGACAAAGAGUGGGGAGGACAAGAGGAAUUAAGACCUCCUAGCAGGGAAAUUAGGGAGUAAAAGGCCCCCACCCCAAAUGUCAGAGGGGAAAAUCAGCCAAGCUCAGGCUGUUUUCCCAGUGCUGGGGUUGGAGCAGUGCCUGUCUGAGCUGAGCCUUGCUGCAGGAUGAAAAAUCAGCUCUAAGGUAGCUCUGCUGAUGGAUCCUUCACCCCCCAGCUGCUGUUCAGCUCUCCCUCUCAUCCAACAUGGAUAUGAACCAACUUCAAGCAGUUGAAAUCUUUUUUGGGGUACAGAUUGGACUCAAAUGUAGAGCUGUGGUCAGCCCAGAAGCCAGAGGCAGGGAAAAUCCCUGUGGAAACUGCAGCUGUACGAGUGAAAAUGAUAAUAACGCUCACAGCAGUGAAGGUUCCCACCAGCACCAGAGAGGGUGGAAAUGGGAACAGCAAGGAAACCUUCUGUGGGCUGGGCUGGGUGAGUUUUUCCUUUUCCACCUGUAAAAAAGCAGGACUUGGAUGGCAAAGCAACUCCAUUGAAACUUCAGGGCUGUGCCUUUGAACGGCGCUUUAAGCCUAGCACUGUUUAAUGCUAAUGCUGUAACUUUAUAUAUAUGGGCUUUUUCUUUUUUUUCCCCUUUACACAAAGGAGGAAGGGGCUCAAUUCUUCUGAGGGUUGGGUUUUCUGUUCCCUGAGCAGCAGAGCUGCGAGCCCAGCUCUGUCUCUCUGGCAUUUCCAUCUGAAUCUGCCUGAAGGGGGUGAGCUUUUGGGGAAGAAAGAGGCUUCUCUCCCUCUCCAGGCCAGAAUCUGAUCUCCAGAUUAGCCUGCUGGUUAUCAACAGAGGAGCAACAGUUGUGAUUGCAACUCAACACUGCUCCAGUCCUGGAAGAGCGUUGAGGAAAACGGAGUUUUCAAUUGGGAGAGCAAAGGACUGAGCCAUCGUUUCAGUCAUCAGCAAUAACUGGCAUGGCAGGACGGGCAUGCAUUCUCCACUGACAUAGGAUUUCACCCUGCUUUACCAAGACUGGUCUAAAAUUCCAGACCUGACUGCUCCUCUAGCCUACAAACAGGAUGAACAAGAGAUCAUUUCUGGGAGCCUGGGUGGCCCUUUUGGUGAUGACAGCACAGCAGCGAGCUCACACCAUGGCAAGCCUCUAUCCAUACUGGCAGAAUGACACCAAAACCCCCAAAGUCGAUGAUGGCAGCUCCCCUGAAAUCAAGAUCUCUGUGCCAUUCAUCUUUUUUGGAGCCCCAUACAGAAGCAUUUAUGUCAACAACAACGGCGUGAUCUCCUUCAACGCCCUGGUGAGCCAGUUCACGCCCGAGGCCUUCCCGCUGGCCGACGGCCGCGCCUUCGUGGCGCCCUUCUGGGCCGACGCGCACAACGGCAUCCGCGGCGAGAUCUACUACAGGGAGAGCACGGAGCCAGAGCUGCUCCGCAGGGCCUCCAGGGACAUCCGCAGGCACUUCAGGGACAUGGCCUCCUUCUCUGCCCGCUGGCUCUUCAUCGUCACCUGGGAGGAGGUGACCUUCUACGGGGGGAGCAGCACGACGCCGGUGAACACGUUCCAGGCUGUCCUGAUCACAGACGGGGUGUCAUCCUUUGCCUUGUUCAACUACCACGAAAUCAGCUGGACCACGGGCACAGCCAGCGGAGGGGACCCCCUCACUGGUCUCGGCGGGGUGAUGGCUCAGGCUGGCUUCAAUGGUGGAAAUCUCACCAACUUUUUCAGCAUCCCAGGCUCCAGAACCCCAGACAUUGUCAAUAUUGAGGAAACAACCAACGUAAAUGUCCCUGGGCGCUGGGCUUUCAAAAUAGAUGGCAGAGAAAUAGACCCGGCCAACGGCUGCAGCCUGAGAGGACAGUUUCUCCGUCAAGGGGAGAUCUUUUGGGACAACGCCAACUGCACCACCAAGUGCCGCUGCCUGGACUUCAACAAUGAGAUCCUGUGCCAGGACAUGGCUUGUGGCCCCUUCGAGGCGUGUGAGACGAAGACCAAAUUCUUCCAGUGCGUGCCGGUGGAGAGCAGCACCUGCGUGGUGUUCGGAGAUCCACAUUACCACACCUUCGACGGCUUCCUCUUUCACUUCCAGGGUUCCUGCUCCUACCUCCUCGCCAGGCAGUGCUGGCCAGGCUCCCAGCUGCCCUACUUCAACGUGGAGGCCAAGAAUGAGAACCGAGGCGGCUCCUCCGUCUCCUGGCUGAGGGAUAUUUAUGUGGAGGUCUACUCGCACAAGAUUGUUCUCCCCAAGGGCGGAUUUGGGAAGGCGAAGGUGGACGACCUGGUGGUGUCCCUGCCCAUCUCCUUGGAACUGGGUGCAAUCAAGGUCUACCAAAGCGGGCUGUCCACUGCCCUGGAGACUGACUUUGGCCUGCUGGUGACCUACGAUGGACAGCACUACGCCUCCGUGUCCGUGCCGGGCUCGUACAUCAACGCCACGUGCGGGCUGUGCGGCAAUUACAACAAAGACCCCGAGGACGACGUCCUGCGCUCGGAUGGGAGGGUGGCCACGUCCGUGCCAGACCUGGGCGAGAGCUGGCAGGUGCCACAUCCCGAGCGCAGGUGCUCCACGGGCUGCCUGGAGAACUGCAGCCUCUGUGACCCCGCCACCGAGGCGCUGUAUUUCACCCCUGAGUACUGCGGCUUCAUCAACAAGAGCGGGGGGCCCCUCUGGGAGUGUGGCUCUGUCGUGGAUCCCACUGCCUUCAUCCACAGCUGUGUCUACGACCUCUGCAGCGCCAAGGACAAUGGCACCGGGCUGUGCCAGGCCAUCCAGGCAUAUGCCACCGUGUGCCAGGCCCUGGGCAUCUCGGUGGGAGAGUGGAGGAGCCAGACGGGAUGUGCGGCGGCCGUGCAGUGCCCGGAGCUCAGCCAGUACUCCGUGUGUGCCACCAGCUGCCCUGCCACCUGCUCAGACCUCACGGCCCCGCUGGCCUGCACCACCCCCUGCACUGAGAGCUGCGAGUGCCCCGAGGGCCAUGUCCUCAGCGCCGACCGCUGCGUGCCCGUCCAGGGCUGCGGCUGUGACGUGAACGGCCGCUACUACACCGUCGGGGAGUCCUUCUGGGCAUCACCAGACUGCACUGUGCAGUGCCACUGCGAGGCUGGCGGGGAGGCCAGGUGCUUCAACACCACCUGCCCCGAGGGAGAGAUCUGCACCAUCGAGAACGGCUACCGGGGGUGCUACCCAAAGCGGGAGACCGUGUGUUUGGUGGGGCAGGACCAGGUGCUGCAGACCUUUGAUGGCAUCACCUUCCCCUACCCGCUGGAACAGUCCUACACGCUGCUCAAGACCUGCCCAGAGAGACCAGACUUCAUUGAGGUGGACAUCAACCAGAAGAAGGUUGGCUCUGCUCCCAAUGGGCCGCGCGUUGUGCGGGUCCAGGCGGCCGGCCAAGAGGUGAAGAUUGGAGGCACCAGGCUGUCAGACAUUAAGGUGAAUGGUUAUGAUGUGGAGCUGCCCUAUUUCCACCACUCUGGGCGCCUGGAAAUCUACCGGACUGACAACAGCACCGUGAUGGAGUCUGAGGGGCUCCUGGCCAUCAGCUACUAUGACUCCGGCCUCCUGGAGAUCCGCCUCUCCACCUCCUACUUCAACUGCACCGGGGGCCUCUGCGGCCUCUUCAACGACAACGCCACCGACGAGUUCUGCCUGCCCAAGGGCAAGUUCACGGACAACCUGGAGCUCUUCCUGGAGAGCUGGACCACCUUCGACGAGAUCUGCAACGGCGAGUGCGGGGACCUGCUCAUGGCUUGCAACAACGACUCGGAGCUGCUCAAGUCCUACAGGAGCCGCUCCAGCUGCGGCAUCAUCAACGACCCCACCAACAGCUCCUUCCUGGAGUGCCACAGCGUGGUCAAUGUCUCGGCCUACUACAGGACGUGCCUCUUCCGCCUGUGCCAGAGCGGCGGCAACGUGUCAGAGCUGUGUGACUCGGUGGCACGCUACGCCAGCGCCUGCAAGAACGCCGACGUGGACAUCGGCCAGUGGAGGAGCCACAGCUUCUGCCCUCUCUCCUGCCCGGAGAACAGCCACUUUGAGGAGUGCAUGAGCUGCGUGGAGACCUGCGAAAGCCUGGCCUCGGGCCCCGUGUGCAAGGACACCUGCUCGGAGGGCUGCCAGUGCGACGAGGGCUUCGCCCUGCGCGGCACCCGCUGCAUCCCCCGCCGCGAGUGCGGCUGCAGCUUCGAGGGCCGGCAACUGGCCACCAACCAGACCUUCUGGAUGGACAUCUCCUGCCACUUCCUGUGCUACUGCAACGGCUCGGACAACAGCGUGUACUGCGAGAAUGUGUCCUGCAAGGACGACGAGUAUUGCCUGGAGGAGAAUGGCCUCUACUACUGCCACGUCCGCACCGAUGCCUCCUGCAUCAUCUCGGGCUAUGGGCACUACCUGACUUUUGAUGGCUACUCCUUCGACUUCCAGAGCAGCUGUGAGCUGGUGCUGUGCACCACCAUCUCCCGGCCCAGGGUGGAGCGCUCGGACACGUUCCCAGCGUUCACUGUCACGGCCAAGAACGAGGAUCGGGACACCUCUCUGGCCCUGUGGGUGAAGCAGGUGGAAGUGGAGGUCUUUAAUUACAAGAUCGUCAUCCACCGUGCCUACAAGUACACUGUGCUGAUCAACGACGAGCGUCUCUACCUGCCCCUGAAGCUGGGCCAGGGCAAAGUGAACAUCUUUGCCUUCGGUUUCCACAUCGUGGUGGAGACUGACUUCGGGCUGAAGGUGGUGUACGACUGGAAGACCUUCCUGUCUGUCACCAUCCCACGGGGCUUCCAAAACCUCACCUAUGGCCUCUGUGGCCGCUACAACGGCAACCCCGAGGACGACCUGGUGGCCGCAGGGGGGACACUGGCCACCAGCAUCAGCGACUUUGUGCAGAGCUGGGCCAAGCGGGAUGCGUUCUGCCGCGUGGGCUGCGGCGACCGCUGCCCGGCCUGCGGCAAGGUGGAAGGAUUCUGGAAGCCCCAGCAGCUCUGCAGCCUCAUCCCCAGCCAAAGUGGGGUCUUUGCCAAGUGUCACAGCAAGAUCAACCCCAGCUUCUUCUACAAGAACUGCCUCUUUGACACCUGUGUGGAUGGGGGGGCCAUGCAGACAGCCUGCAGCUGGCUGCAGAACUAUGCCAGCACCUGCCAGACUCAGGGCAUUGCCAUCACUGGCUGGAGGAACUUCACCUCAUGCUCUGUCAGCUGUCCCCCCAACAGCCACUACGAGAGCUGCGUGUCCCUGUGCCAGCCCCGAUGUGCUGCCAUCCGGCUGAAGAGCGACUGCAGCCACUACUGCGUGGAGGGCUGCCAGUGUGACCCUGGCUAUGUCCUCAAUGGCAAGAGCUGCAUCCUGCCCCACAACUGUGGCUGCUACUCUGAUGGCAAAUACUAUGAGCCCAAGCAGCUCUUCUGGAGCGGGGACUGCACGCGGCGGUGCCGCUGCUUCCGGCGCAACCUGAUCCAGUGCGACCCCCGGCACUGCAAGUCUGACGAGGAGUGCGCGCUGCGCAACGGCGUCCGCGGCUGCUUCAGCACCCGCAGCUCCUUCUGCCUGGCGGCCGGCGGCGGCGUCUUCCGCACCUUCGACGGCGCCUUCCUCCGCUUCCCCGCCAACUGCGCCUUCGUCCUCUCCACCAUCUGCCAGAAGCUGCCCGACUUCUCCUUCCAGCUCAUCAUCAACUUCGACAAGUGGUCCUCGCCCAACCUCACCAUCAUCUCCCCCGUGUACUUCUACAUCAACGAGGAGCAGAUCCUCAUCAGCGACAGGAACACUGUCAAGGUGAACGGAAGCCUCGUGAGCAUCCCCUUCGUCACGGGGCUGUCCACCAAGAUCUUCAGCCAGGAGGGCUUCCUGGUCAUCGACUCCAGCCCUGACAUCCAGAUCCGCUACAACGGCUUCAACGUCAUCAAAAUCACCAUCGGGGAGCGGCUGCAGAACAAGGUGUGCGGCCUCUGCGGCAACUUCAACGGCGACCGCACCGACGACUACGCCACGCUGCGGGGCAAGCCGGCCGUCAGCAGCGUGGUGCUGGCGCAGAGCUGGAAAACCAACGGCAUGCAGAAGAGCUGCAACGAGCUGCAGUACUCGCAAUACGCCGCCUCCUGCGACAACGUCCAGAUCCAGGAGCUGCAGAGUGACAGCUACUGCCUGAAGCUGACCGACAUGAAAGGCUUCUUCCAGCCCUGCUACGGCCUCCUGGACCCACUGCCCUUUUAUGAGUCCUGCUUUCUGGAUGGCUGCUACAACCACAAGAAGGUCCAGCUGUGCGGCUCGCUGGCUGCCUACGGAGAGGCCUGCCGGACCUUCGGCAUCCUGGGCACCGACUGGAUCGAGAAGGAGAAUUGCUCAGGAGUGGUGGAAGAUCCCUGCGUGGGCGCCGACUGCCCCAACCGCACCUGCGAGCUGGACAACGGCGGGGAGCUGUGCGGCUGCAUCGAGCCCCCGCCCUAUGGGAACACUACCCAUGACAUCAUUGAUGCGGAGGUGACUUGCAAGGCUGCCCAAAUGGAGGUGUCCAUUUCAAAGUGCAAGCUGUUCCAGCUGGGCUUUGAGCGUGAGGGCGUGCGGGUCAACGACCGCCACUGCCCUGGCAUUGAAGGGGAGGACUUUAUCUCCUUCCAGAUCAACAACACCAAAGGCAACUGUGGCAACUUGGUGCAGUCCAACAGCACUCACAUAGUGUACAAGAACACGGUGUGGAUCGAGAGUGCCAACAACACGGGCAACAUCAUCACCCGGGACAGGACCAUCAAUGUGGAGUUCUCCUGUGCCUAUGAGCUGGACAUCAAGAUCUCCCUGGAUUCAGUCGUGCGGCCGAUGCUCAGCGUGAUUAACCUGACGGUGCCGACACAGGAAGGGAGCUUCACCACCAAGAUGGCCCUGUACAAGAACUCGUCCUACAAGCACCCAUACCGGCAGGGCGAGGUGGUGCUCACCACCCGGGACGUGCUCUACGUGGGGGUCUUUGUGGUGGGGGCCGACUCCAACCACUUGAUCCUGAUGCUGAACAAGUGCUACGCCACCCCCUCGCGGGACAGCAACGACAAACUGCGCUACUUCAUCAUCGAGGGAGGGUGCCAAAACAUGAAGGACAACACCAUUGGCAUAGAGGAGAACGGAGUGUCCCUGACGUGUCGCUUCCACGUCACCGUCUUCAAGUUCAUCGGGGACUACGACGAGGUUCACCUGCACUGCGCCGUGUCCCUCUGCGACUCCGAGAAAUACUCCUGCAAAAUCAACUGCCCUCAGCACACAAGGAUGGCCAGCGCCUUUGCUGAGGAGUCCAAGGAGCAGAUCCUCUCAGUGGGGCCUAUCCGGAGGAAGCGAUCAGACUGGUGCGAGGACAACGGAGGCUGUGAGCAGAUCUGCACGAGCCGGGCGGACGGGCCUUUGUGCAGCUGUGUGACAGGGACACUGCAAGGGGACGGCAAGAGCUGCAGGGCCUCCAGCUCUUCAGGGGAGCACCGUGCCCGAGUGACCCUCCUGCUGGCGGCCCAGCUGUGGCUGUGGCUGCGCUCAGCUCCGCGGCCCCUGACCUCGUAGGCGCGGCCCCGCCGCCCAGCCAAAAACUGUUCUCGCGUCAGCCUGAGUCUUUGUAGGGUAGGAGACAGUCCCCCCACCGUGGCCACGCUGCUGCCCACCCGGCCAUGCUGCGAGGAGGCAAAGGGAUGUCACCUGAGAGAGGUGGGACGCGGACCCGGCGGUGACGUGCAGCCGGCACAGCGGCAGCGACGGCGAGACUGAGCGGGAUGUUUGCCAGCAGCGAUGUGGGACUGGGGUUUGGGGGUUUUUUUUACAGCUUUCCAUCACUGAUGUGGACUCAAGGAGGGGUUUUGCAGCUUUUCCCCAGGCUCUCCCUUGUGGGGUGCACUGAAGGUGGCCCACACCACUGUUGGUAGUGUGGGACGGGGUGGAGCACAUGCUGUCCCCUCACAUGGACAGCUCCCACUGUCCUUGGGAGCUGCCACCACGGUCUUAUGAGCUCACAGACUCAAGCAGAGGUAGGUGUUGUGGCACAGGUUAUGGCCAGAGCAGUGCAUUGCCAUCUCUGGAUGAUGUGACACCUUGGGACCGUGUCACCCUCUGACUCUCUGGAGCAGAGGUGGUGCUGAGGUUUGGUUCAGAGAGCCAAGCUCAUCCAUGGGGGUGUGGAAAUCUUGGCAUUGUGCUGUGGUGGUGACAAGCUGGUGCAAAUAAUUGGAAAGAGGUGCUUUCUGGUGGGCAGGAACAAGAGUCAGAGGAAGGAGGGGAUGAAAUUCCCUGCUGUGUUUGUGUGGUGUGCAAGGGUUGAGGGUCAGAGCAGGGUUGGGGUCUGCGGGCACAGGGCAGCAUUGGGGUGCCUGGUGAAAGAAUGGGGAGCAGCCUUGGGGUGCUGUUGGGUGUGGGGGGCUGUGUUGGUGUCUUGUCUUGUGUUUGUACUCUGUGAAAUGGCUGCGUGGGAAUAAAAAGUGUUGUAAUCCUUCGUAAGCACUGCCUCCUGUCUGAUGGGGGCAAGGAGCAGCAGGGCCUGGAAGGACACCAAGGCUGCAAAGAGUCCCUGGGUGGGUGGACAGGGAGUUUUGGGGUGCCAGGCAGGGGCACACCAGAGCUGAGGGCAGGGGUUGUGGCUCGAGUGUGGGUCUGGCAGGUUUGCCAUGGCGUGGGCUGGGAUGUAGGGCAGAAGGAGCAGAGGAGAUUUGGGUUCUGGGGCAGGGGGGCAGCUGGUUCCUCUGCCUCAAGACAAGAGGUGGGUAACAGGAUGUCACGGACUCUGCUCUGCUUCUUCUCUGCCUCCAGCUCCCUCUCUGUGCCCUCUGUGUGUGUUAGCUCUGAAUUCUCUCCUUCACUCCUCUUUUCUCCCUGCGACUGCCUCUCUCUGUGCUGCCUCAUUCCCCCCAUCUCUGUGCCUCUUUGCUCUCCUGCCUCUGCUCUCCCUGUCCUCACUCUGCCCUCUCUGUGCUUCUCUGCCAUCCCUCUCCUGUCCACUUUCUGCUCCCUCUCAGCGUCACUCUCAGCUCUCCAGUGUCACUCUGCCUCUCUGCCUUUGGUCUGUUUGCUCUUUGUGCCUCUUUGCCCCCUCUCUCCCAUAUUUUCUCUCUGCUCUCUCUGCCUCUGUGCCCUCUGCACCUCCCUCUUUGCUCUCCAGGUCUCCCAUCUCCUUCUCCAGUCUCUCUUUGCCCCGGGCCGUGUCUCUCACCCUCAUCUCAGCGUUAAUUAAUGAGCUGCUGAAGGACGGCAGCAGUGUGGGUGUGCUGCGCCCCAGGGAGCUGCCGGAGGGCUGCGGGGGGAGCCCCGAGGAUGGAGAGGAUCCCCGGGCACUGCAGGGCUGAUGGUGUGGGCAGCCCGAUAAACAACACAGGGCCUGGUGGGGAUGUUCAUGGCUUUCUUUGGCUCUUAAAGGGUUUGGCAGAUUGUCCGAAGAGCAAUGGCGAGAGGAGAGCCUGAGCGUGGGAUCACACUGACCACAGAGCUGAUCACAGCACUGACCACAACACUGACCACAGCCCUGACCCCAACCCUGACCACAGAGCUGAUCACAGCACUGACCACAACACAAAUCACAGCACUGACCACAUCACUGACCACAU